GCACUUCGGCCGGGCAGCAGUGUGUGUUGUUCCAAACAAAGUAGGAUCCGACCCGCAGAGGCCGAAUGACACCAAGAAACUGAGGAGUUUUUUUUCAAUUGUUGUCUUGUAUUUGAACCAUUAAACUAACUUGCUCAAAGUUAUCCGAAAUGGGUCCCGGAUAAAGGAGAGAAACUUCCAGAAACACCGUGGACUACGCGGCCGUGAAGGAGCUUAGCCGCCGGGAGAAGCAGGAGAAGGAGCCGCUCGGCCAUUGUGUGCACGGAUCGAAAUUCAGUUCCCCUUCCCCUCCUAGCCUUCCUGAUUCUGUUCUGGGAGAUUUCAGACCAGGAUCAUCGCCAAGAUAGCCGGGCCAGGUAGGAAGAGGCACACCUCAGAUCCAGACCCCAGCAGCGGUAGUGAUUCCGGGGACGGGCGGCCUGUUAGUGCCAAGUGCCUGAAGAUGGCCAGCAGCGGUGGCAGCGGCGUGGCUGGUAGUGAGACGGCAGGCCGUCGCGGAGGGUCUCAGCAUCAGCAGAGGGGAGGCGGUGGUAGGGACAACAGCUCAGAGCUGACCUCCAGUACUAGUAAGAAGAAGCAGAAGGACAGGGCAAACCAGGAGAGCAGAGAGGCCAAGAGGGCGGCAGCAGCAGCUGCAGCAGCAGCAGCUGCAGCAGCAGCUGAUGGAGUUAUUGCAGAGGUGAAGAAAGAUGUGUUUGUGGACUGGAAGCAGAAUGCCAACGAGGUGAUUGUCAAACUGCGCUGUGGGGAGGGGGUGCAGAGGAUAGAGGAUAUCAACACAACCUUCACCGACACACACUGCAACGUGUGCUUCCCAGAUGGACGGCAGUGGAGCUGCCAGCUGCAGGAGGAGAUCGAGGCCUCGUGCAGCAGAGUCCAGUACAAGGAGAAGGGAGGUUUCCUGCUGCUCGUUAUGCACAAGAGGAUUCCCUUUCACACCUGGCCUUGUUUAAAGUCAAACAAGAAGGAGAAGGAGGCGCCACCCACAGAGACCAAAAACAUAAAGGAGCAGGAGACGAAGCCUUUUUCCUCGCAGACAUUAGAGAAACCCAAACCCACCCCCUCACAGCCACAACUACAGCCUCAGCCUCCCUCCUCGCCCGCACACGGCGAGCCGAGGCGUGGCGGCAAAGCUGAGCGUGGCGUCAAGCGCUGCCUCAAAAACAAACCGGGCGACAAGGCCUCCGCAGGGGUGAAAAGCGGAGGUGGGGACGACUCAACCGUCACCAGCAAGCCCGUCGCGGUCACCAAAACAGACCAGCAGGCUCAGGAACCCAGCGCCAAGCGCGCCAUUUCACGGCUGCCCAAGACUGCGGCGGCGGAGGCUAAGUCACUGUCUCCUGACAGACACACGCACACAGUCAAGUCUACAGCAGCUAACGGUAGAGAUUCACACACACACCCGCCCGCUGGUCGGAGCCCACAGACACAACACAGAGAUGGAGAAAACAAAGCAGAGAGGUUAGGCAGCGAGCAGGAACAUAAACCUGCUGCUGCUGCUGCUGCUGCUGAUGAUGACAGCCAUAGCAACAAAACUCAGGAGCCAGAGAAGCAGAAGCAAUCUCCAGUCACCGAGCGCAGGUCUGAAACAACCACAAGCAGCACCGAAAGCCAACCGGCAGCUCCCGUCAGCACCAGCGACCGCCUCAAAUCCGUCACCUUCGACAAACAAGCCGACUCCGCUUCUCCGGAAAGGCAGCGAGAUAGAACUGACUCCGAGACGGAGAAAAAGCCCGCGGAGCAGGAAUCGGAGCGGGACGCCGUCACCUGCAUCCAGCAGCCGGGAUCGAGAGAGGCGGAUUCAGCACCGGCCGUCACCGCCGCUGAACCCGGUCUAACACAGAAGCAGGGCAGCUGUGACGGAGAGGAGAAGCGGGACCAGUCGAAAGAGGAGCCACCUCUGGAAAUGAAACAACAGGAAGCCCCGGAGCCGAUGGUCAACCUGCAGUUAGUGAAGAACGACUCGUACGAGAAGGGCACGGACCUGAUGGUGGUCAACGUUUACAUGAAGGGGAUCUGCAGGGACACAGCCCGGGUCAUCUUCAGGGAACAGGACUUCACCCUCAUCUUCCAGACAAGUGAUACCAACUUUCUGCGGCUUCAUUCAGACUGUGGACCAAACACAGUCUUCAAGUGGCAAGUCAAACUCAGGAACCUGAUCCAACCUGAACAGUGCAGCUACUCCUUCACCCCGUCCCGACUGGACAUCACCCUGAAGAAGAGACGCAGCCAGCGCUGGGGGGGUCUGGAGGCCCCUGCCACACAAGGUGCAGUGGGUGGCGCCAAAGUCGCGGUGCCCUCCAGUCCCGCCUGCAUGGAUAAAAGCCAGCCAGGCAGCAGCCAGCACAGCCUCCCGGCCAAGGACGAGCCCCCGAGGGUGGGAGAGGAGAAACCCAAGGCUCCCAAAACCUCGCCCAGAGUGGAGGACGGGGGCCUGGACACCGUGGGUCCUCGCACCGUCUCCGAGCAUGUCGCCAUCACCAAGUCGGAGCCCGCUGUUACGGCGCCUAAGCCUACCUGCAUGGUGCAGCCCAUGACCCACGCACCUCCUGCCAGCAACGAGCGUCAUGAAGAAGAGGAGGAGAAGAAGGUCUGUCUGCCGGGUUUUACAGGAUUGGUCAACCUGGGUAACACCUGCUUCAUGAACAGUGUCAUCCAGUCCCUGUCCAACACCAGAGAACUCAGGGAUUACUUCCACGAUCGAGCAUUUGAGGCAGAAAUCAACUGCAAUAAUCCUCUGGGAACAGGAGGCAGGCUCGCUAUCGGCUUCGCUGUGCUGCUCAGGGCGCUUUGGAAAGGAACACAUCACGCCUUCCAACCCUCCAAACUCAAGGCAAUUGUGGCCAGUAAAGCCAGUCAGUUUACAGGUUACGCCCAGCACGAUGCCCAGGAGUUCAUGGCUUUCUUGCUGGACGGGCUCCACGAGGACUUGAACCGCAUCCAGAAUAAACCGUACACAGAGACUGUGGACUCCGACGGUCGGCUGGAUGAAGUGGUGGCGGAGGAGGCAUGGCAGAGGCACAAGAUGAGAAACGACUCCUUUAUAGUAGACCUCUUCCAAGGCCAGUUCAAAUCCAAGCUGGUCUGCCCCACAUGCUCCAAGGUGUCCAUCACCUUUGACCCCUUCCUCUACCUGCCCGUCCCCCUGCCCCAGAAACAAAAAGUGCUGUCAGUUUUCUACUUUGCGAAGGAACCUCAUAAAAAACCCAUCAAGUUUUUGGUGAGCGUGAGCAAGGAGAACUCCAGCACUGCCGAAGUCCUUGAAGCCAUCUCCAGGAGUGUGAGGGUCAAACCAGAGAACCUCAGACUGGCAGAGGUGGGGAAGAACCGCUUCGAGCGCAUGUUCCUGCCGUCCCAUUCCCUGGACAGAGUGUCCUCCUCUGACACGCUGUUCUGUUUCGAGGUGCUUUCCAAAGACUUGGCCAAGGAAAGAGUGGUGCUGCUCCGAGUACAGCAGAGACUCCAGGUCCCCAUCAUCCCCAUUUCAAAGUGUGCCGCCUGCCUAAAGCCUCCGGUGUCCGAGGAGGACAAGCUGAAGCGGUGCACCCGGUGCUAUCGUGUCGGCUACUGUAAUCAAGCGUGUCAGAGGACACACUGGCCCAAUCACAAGGGUCUGUGUCGACCCAACACAGAGAACGUGGGCCUGCCCUUCCUGGUCAGCGUGCCAGAAUCCCGACUGUCCUACGCCCGCCUCACCCAGCUACUAGAGGGUUUCUCCAGGUUUUCCGUCAACGUGUUCCAGCCUCCUUUCCAGUCAGGCAGGACAUCCCCCGAAACAUCCCAGUGCCGGGGAGACCUGCCCCCGAUGGCAGCAGGCUCUCCCGAGGGUCCCGGCUCAGGGGACGAAGCCAUGGGCGGAAGCGGAACGGGGGCAGCGGUCGACUCGGAUCUGGAGAGUCACUCCGCGCCGCCCGAAUCCCAGGCAGAGUGCGCCCAAGCCUCAGCGCUCCACUCUGGUGAGUCAGAACCUCUCUCCUCCUCCCAGACCUCCCUCUCCACCACGCGGACUACGGAUUCAGGAUUCUCUGAGCCGGCCUCCUCCGCUUCCUCCUCUCUGGACCCCCACGCUGAAAAAGAGACGUCCUGUGAGAAGGCGGUGCGGCCAGAAGCUGCUGUAGCUGGGUACCAGCAUCCAAGUGAAGCAGCAUCAGGUCACGCCAGUCAGUUCUACAUCACUCUGCUGGAUUCUAACAACAAGGAACAAAGGCUAGAUGAGAAAGAGGACCCGCUGGCGGACCUCCCCGAAGACGCCAUCCUGGAGCUGGUGUGGAAGAACAACGAGCGUCUAAAGGAGUACGUCUUGGUGAGCUCCAAGGAACUGGAGUACGAGGAAGACCCCGGCUCACUGAGCGAGACGGCCAGAGCGGGACACUUCACCCUGGAGCAGUGCCUCAACCUCUUCACAAAGCCUGAGGUGCUGGCUCCAGAAGAGGCGUGGUACUGUCCAAAGUGCCAGCAACACCGCGAGGCCUCCAAGCAGCUGCUGCUGUGGCGUCUGCCCAACGUUCUGAUCAUCCAGCUUAAACGCUUCUCCUUCAGGAGCUUCAUCUGGAGGGACAAGAUCAACGACAUGGUCGACUUCCCCGUCAGGAACCUGGAUCUGAGUAAGUUCUGUAUUGGCCAGAAGGACGAGAUGCAGCACCCCCCCAUCUAUGACUUGUAUGCAGUCAUCAACCACUAUGGAGGAAUGAUAGGAGGCCACUACACGGCUUACGCUCGCCUGCCCAGUGAUAAGAACAGCCAGCGCAGCGAUGUUGGCUGGCGUCUGUUCGACGACAGCACCGUGACGAUGGUGGAGGAGAGCCAGGUGGUGACCCGCUACGCCUACGUCCUGUUCUACCGACGGCGAAACUCCCCCGUGGAGAGGCCGCCGCGCUUCCUCAGGCCCGUCGGAGCCGAGUCGCCCACCGCCGCGGGAGCCACUGCCAGCCAGGCCUCUCUAAUAUGGCAAGAACUGGAGGAAGAAGAGGAAGGCUUCGAUGAAGGCGCCCGCGGACUGUUCCGCUCUGGGCUGCAGCGGAGGCGCCAAACGCAGAGGAACAGAGAAGAAGACCAAGACAGAGCAGAAGGGCCGGCACGACGACGCAACCGCUGGCGGAGGAUGUCGGAAUAUCCCGACGACGACUGCGUGCGAUAUUUUAUUCUGGGCACCUUGGCGGCCGCGUUCGCUCUCAUUGUCAAUUUGGUUUAUCCUCUUCUUUACAAAUCUAACUGGACAUGAGCAGCGGCUGCUUAGCCACUUGUUGGGUGAUAAUCAAACAAAGAGAGGUCAGAUAUGAAACUAGAGAAAAGGCAGGUCAGGUUUAGAUUGGUAUGGUAACACGCUCCACUUUAAGAGAGUCAUCCAUCAAUCUUCAGUUAGUAAAACAACACUACAACACUUUAACUUGACAACUUGAUCCUUUUUAAAAAUACUUUGGACAUUAUUUCAUAUGGACUGAGAGUCCAAAGUGAACAACUGACAGCAAAAAGAUCCUCUGAAUCCUAACUCUUACCCACAAACUCGUAGUUAAAGCAACAGUAGAGUGCUUGGAUCAGCACACAGUACCUGUAACCUGAAUGUCAGCUAUUCACUACAUUGCCUCUAUGCAUAUAUAUGAUUAACUCUUGCUUCCAGCGUGCGCGUAAGUGUGCACGCUUUUCAACAAGUUUGCAGUUUUUAGCGUCACGUUUUCAACAACGAUUCUCAGGCGAUCAGCUGGGACAGCCUUAAUCACCCACACUCAUCACACUAACCUCGCACAAUAGUUCAUACUUGACCUCGAAACAGUAGUUUGACAGAAACUUGACUUAAGAAAAAAAAAAAGCUAAUAAGCGGACAUUUAGUUGAGAUUUAAGUCAAAUAUGCUAUAUAGUUGUGUAGUAAUAAUAUCAAAUGCUUAUAUGCUGAUAAUCAAUAUAUUAUGACAGAUUGGAUGCCAGUAUAAACAGAAACUUUAGCUCUAAAGCUACAGAUGAAGCCACUGUCAGACAUCUAUUAUAUUUAUCGCACUACACUCUUGAGAGUAUAUAUGAGACGAAGAGUGAUGCAUUUCAAAUAUUGUAUCAUGAAAGAGAAUCUUUUUUCUUUUUUUUUGGGUGCGACCAAUCUUUGUUGCCUUUUUUCCAUCUUUGAAUAGAACACACGUUUCAAAUAGCGUUUUCUUUCCAGCCAGCAAUAUGUACUGUUGUUCACUUAGGUGUUUUUUUGUUUUUUGUUGCUCAUGUAAUUUUAUUUUAUUUCCCUCCAAUAUGUUUUUUUUUUUUUUUUAAUGUUAUGUUAUUGAAAUGUCAGUGUAUUUUGCUUGUGUACCAUUUUAAAGCCAUAGCGAGGUGAAAUUCUCAGGAUGAGUUGUGAAUUGUAGUAAAAGGUGACAUGUUUUUCUGUCUUUUUAAAAAAUCUGACAAAGCUUAAUGAUGAUGCAGUCUCGUCACAGCCAAGUUCAACUAGAGGUUUGUGAUUAAUAACUAUGGAAUAACCGUCCACCUCUGAAUGUAUAGAAGAGUUUAAAUGUGAGCAGAAAGCACCAGAGUUCUUGAUUAUGGGCAGUUUUGGGGCUUUUUAGAUGUUUAACUAAUACAGUUACCAUAUUGUGAAGUACUUUAACAUAUUCUUUAUUUAUUACAUACAAAAUCUUUAAAAUUCUAGUUGAUUUUAGGGUAGAAUGUUAGAAGUUAAAUUAUAAAUGUUUUAACUGUUUUUUGUUUUUUUUAAGGUCGUCUUCACUUUCUGCAACUAAACUGUUUCAUGGAUAAUUUCUUUGCUCUGCUGCAGCUGUUGGGAGUGAUUGUGGGUGUGUGUGUGUGUGUGUGUAAAUGUGAUGCGGGUCUCAGGAAAAAAAUUCUGGUGUGUAGGCAGCGCAGAGUGGACCUGUUUUGCCUUAAAUGCUUUUUCGGCAUAGCUGAGCGCAUCAACAGACUGUGUACACUUGAUUCAGAUAUAUAUGCAACGCUGAAGUCAGUCUAAAAGUGUAGUUCAACCCACAUUACUUUUGAAGGGUUUAACUAUGGUGAAGAACUUGAAAAUAUGAAAAUCUCCCAGUAGGCAAUGUAAACAGCAGCACAGUUUGAUUAACAGGAAAAAGCAGCUUUCAGCACAAACUGUACUUGUUUUUAACAUCGAAGCGCUGUCGAGUUUUCCUUAAAUCAACUUGACAGAAACGGACCUGACUGAAGAUGAAACAGUGUGUUAGCUAUGUAAAUUGGGAAGUUAAACCAUGAUCUAUAUUUUGUGAGAAAAUAAUGGUCUAUCUGUAAUAUACUUGUUGCAAGUACUGUAAUAAGAAUAAAAAUCAUGACCUGUUUUAAUCUUCCUGCAAUAAUGUAUCUAGAUGCCUCAAACAAAAUGCUGCUUUCUAAUAUAUAAAGCAUUUUGGAAAUAAAAUGUUCAUCUGU